GUUGGUCUUAUCAUCAACAUCAAGAGAGUUCGGAAAGUAACUAAAGAAGAAGCAUCAUUUUAUCCAUCUUCAGAGACACACAAAACAAUUCAUCAUGCGGAGCAUUUAUUAUAUAGUUGGACUGUUUUUUAUGUUGCUUCGAGGAAGCUGGCAAAACCCCAUCCAAGAAACAGAAGACAAAUCAAGAUCAGUGAAAGCUGCAAGGAAUGAAGCCCUAGAUGAUUCAGAACAGCUCAAUGAAGUUAAACGUCAUUCACAAGGCACGUUUACUAGUGAUUACAGCAAGUACCUAGAUUCCAGGCGGGCUCAAGACUUUGUCCAGUGGUUAAUGAACUCAAAAAGAAACGGAGGUGUUGUACGACGCAAUGUUCAAUAUGAAAGGCACGCAGAAGGCACAUACACCAAUGAUGUAACUCAAUAUCUGGAAGAAAAAGCAGCAAAAGAGUUCAUUGAAUGGUUGAUAAAAGGAAAGUCAAAGAAAAUGAGAUUCACAAGACACGCAGAAGGAACAUUCACAAAUGAUAUGACCAACUUUUUGGAAGAAAAAGCUGCCAAAGAAUUUGUUGAUUGGCUAAUUAAAGGAAGACCAAAAAGGAAUUUCUCAGAAGUGAACAGCAUUGAGGAAAUGGACAGAAGACAUGCUGAUGGCACUUUUACAAACGAUGUCAACAAGGUUCUAGAUAUUAUUGCCGCACAGGAGUUCUUAGAUUGGUUAAUUAACACCAAGGUUACCGAGAGAGACCUACUGGAGGAACAAUAAAAUCCAUAUCGACUUGCCUUCAACAAGGAAUUACCCAGCUGUCACAUGGAAAUGUUGAAUUUGUGUUCUGUAAAUUCAAGCAGGUGUUUCAUAAAGCCAUAAAGUAUAGCUUUGCAUGCAAAGUAAAUGACAUUUACAAUCGUGUUUUCUUGUUGGGGGAUUACACAAAGAACAGAUAAUUUUCAAAUGCACAUCUAAUGUGAUAGGUUUAACUCGUUUAGUAAUGGCCGGACUUGUUGAAUACCGCUUUGCGAGUCCUGCCGGAGCUACGAGGGCUUAAAUCCAGAAGUGCCAUUUUCUUGCCCUAAUAGUUGCAGUAAAAAAGUGACAAAAACCACAAAAAAAGGAAAGAAAAAUAAAACUUGUUUAAAUUUAAAAGAAUAUAACUUAUUUUUCUAUGAAGUUGAAUUGUACAUAGAAUUUACUCCAAUCAACUGUGUCAGUAAACAAUGAUAAAUGGGUUACCCUGUUUGAAAUGUUUAUUAUAAAAUGCUAAGCUUUCUGAAUAUUAACUAGUAGCCUUAAAUAAAGUUUUUCAAGCUUCA